GAAAUAUUUAAAAUGAUUUCCAUUCUUUUCGAAACAAUAAUAGAUAGAGUAUAUUUUCAAACUCUUGACGUACAUUGGCAAAUGUUUCUCUGGAAAUAACUUGGCAUUCUUGGAUUAUUCUUUCCUGCAAUUACUCUAUUGAGUCAGGUCGCGUCUCAAAAACAACACAUUUUAGAUUGCCCCAGAGGAAGAAAUCAAGAGGAGAUAGGUCAGGGGAUCUAGGAGGCCAUUCAAUAGGACCUCCUCUUCCAAUCCAUUGAUUAGCAUAAUUAUCAUCUUACCUUUGUCUAACUGGAACUACAUAAUGAGGAGGUGCCCCAUACUGUUGAAAAUAUAAAUUUUCUUCCAAAGACAAAUUGUCGUGUAGAACCGAUAUGCGGAAAUGCUGAUAAAUUCCAAAGUCAAACUGAAAAUCCCUAAUACAAACAUUACAAUCUCGGCAGAGAAAGUGGAACCGAAGCAGGAAUCGAAAACAGAAGUCAGUAAGACGAAAUUAUUAGUUCAUCCCAGUAUAACUGAGCUAUUCAAAUAUCACCCUCAAAUAAGACUACCAUCAGUAUGCCUGAACUCGAAUAUUUCCACUUACGUUUCAUUGGAAAUGAAUGCAGUAGAAAAAUAUUUCCGAGAUCGAAAAUUAGAUAUGCAGAAAUAUUGUCAGUUUUCAUCAAAAUGUUAUAGAAGAAUUGCAAAGAAAAAGGGCUCCGCUAAACCCUUAAGUAAGCCAAAGGCUUCAGAGGUUCCAGAAAAGGCUAUUGUGAGAAAAAAAGUUAUUGACCCUCAGCGAAAAGAACCUGAUGAUACCGUAAAGUCAGUAUCUACUACAGUAAAAAAUAAUACACCUCCUCAUAUAAGCAUCAUAGUAAAAGAGAAAAAAUCGGUUGAAACGAUCAGUGUCCCCAUUAAAAAUGUCAAAGAAAAGCCCACAUCAGAAGAUUCAAAUACAUCUAAUAAAAGAAAACUCACAUCAGAAGAUUCAAAUACAUCUAAUAAAAGAAUACUCACUCCCGAAGAUUCAUCGGCAGAAAAAAAUCUGGAAAAACCUACAUUUAUUGAAUCUCUGGGCCUGACUCCUAAAAAGAAAUCAAAUUGCGACACAACCGGUACAUUGUACCUUGACAAGUCUGUACCAUUAUUCAUGUGUGACAUUUGCAAUUCUCUUCAGUAUAGUGCCAAAGAACUAAAAAGACACAAAUUGAAACAUCUAAAAUGUCAAUUUUGUAAGUUGAAGUUCAAAUCGAUUGACUGGAAGCUUAUACAUAUAGAUAAAUAUUGCAAAAUAAAGAACAUGAUGAACAACUUGCCUGCAGUUGAAUUGGAAAAAGUUGAGUUCAAUAUCAAAGUACGAAAUGAAUAUUCAGAUGCAUUUUGUAGCUUCCCACCAAUACCUGGUCUAAAAUCAGAUAAUGAAAUUGGAACGAAGGACCCCGAAAACUCGAAAUCGCUAGAAUCCACCGAAGUUUCGCCAAGCAUCAUGGAAAACAGUAAUAUUUCAAUGAUCAAUACUCCAGAAGUAAUUGAAAUAUUAUCUGAUGAAGAAGAUUCUGCAUUGCCUCCAGUAUGUUCUACUUCUACAAUUCCUCAUCAUUCAGGGACCAGUCAAAAUAUUGUUUCAAAUACUUUUGGACAAGCUCCUACUGCUUCUAAAAAAGAUAUUCCAGUUACUGCGCCGCCUAGUGGAGUACUGAAGUCCAAUGUUGACAGAAUAUCUGCUCCGGUAGAUAAUCCAGCAACACCAACAAAUGUAGAACAAAACAUACCAUCAUACAUAGUGAAACCCGAUAUUAAAAUCAGAAAUGCUGCGAUUGUAGACAUAUUUGAUCACAAAGCUUCAGACGCAAAAGUUGUUAAAGAUCUUUUGACGAAAUUCCAACUGGUACAGUCCCAAUCUGAAACAACCACCCAAACGGAUCUACCUUCAAAUGACUCGAUAACUGUAAAUAGUCAAGAAAUUACUACUGAGUUGAAGAAUCUUAGGCACCAACUACUUAUUUAUAAGAUACCUGUUUUUAUCACCAAAGGUGAAUUCAAAGUUUCCUACGAAUAUAAAUCAGCUACUACCAGAGUGAAAAAACGUUGUCUAUGGAAUGAUUUGAUAUGCAAUGAUUUGAAGAAAAUCGACAAUGGUUUCAUUUCUUCGAAAACUACGUCUUUCAAUUCGAAUCAUGAAUACACAAAAAAAUCAUUGAACAAUAACAAUUCUGUGAUAAUUCAAAAUUCAUCAAACAUUCAGGUUAGUGGAACAGAAGCAUCCGUAGGGCAAAAUAUUUCUAAGAUCUCCAGUGUUUGUUCUGAACUUUCAAAGGCAAUCCCUGUUCAAACGCAGUCGAGUAGUUCAUAUAUUCAAACCAGUUCUAGCAUCACCGUACCUCAAGUUUUCAAUACUAUCGGAAAUGAUAAUCCAACAUUAAGUUCUACCGGUUUGAGUUCUAUCCAACAUCCAUCAAAUAAUUUAUGUAUUCAGAGUGAUAUCAGCAUCUCCAGUACUCCAGUAUUCAAUACAGUUAACACUGGAACAACUAUGAUAGGUACUUCUGAAUCUCUAGGACUGAGUAAUGUCUGGUCUUCGUCGAAUAAUUCAUUUAUUCAAAAAGGUUCAACAUGUAAUACAUCAGUUUUGAACACCGGCAAUAUUGGAACGACAAACGUCAGUAAUACCGGAUCUCCAGAAAUGAGGCGCAUUCAACCCGCUUCAAAUAUCUCAUUUAUUGAAAACAAUGCUGCUAUAUGUAGUACAUCAGUUCCAACUACGACUGUAGGUAUUGCAGGAUCUUCGAAAGUAAGUUGUGUUCCAGCUCCUUCAAAUACAUCAUUCAUUCAAAACAGUAAUACCGUGGGCAGUACACCAGUGUUUGAUGCCACCAGUAAUGGAUCUACCACUUUAACUACUUCUAGAGCACCAGAAGUGAACUGUCUUUCUCCUUCAUUCCGUUAUACAGGCACCACAGCAGUCCCACAGUUGAAGGUACCGGCUAGCUUCAAUACAUUUUGUAUUUUGCCCAGCACAUCAACCAACGCCAAUAAUAAUAUUCUCGCGAAUUGUGAUAAUUUGACAGAGCGUACAUCAUUUGCAACUGAGAAUACUGUUCCCACUAGUGUAUUCUUAGCUCCUGUUAGUGAUGUUUCGACUCCCGCCAGUGCUGCGCUGAAUGACUUUUCAGUGACUCCUACCGCCACAUCAGAACUGAAUAGCGUGUCAGUUUCUUCCAAAGUGGGUAUUAGGGUUAAAGACAUAAGUGAACUCACUUAAUGUUUGUGUAUAGUAUAUUUGUUUUAUUUUAUUGACUGAAUCGAUCCACUGCUUGUGAUUCCUAAUUUUUUUUAUUGUUAGACAUAUUUGAAUAAAUAUUUGUAUUAUGUG